AUGGCAGCAUCAUCAACAUUAGCGGCAAGUAUGGAUGGUGGUGGAGGAUUAAAUGCAAGUGGAACUGGCGGGGUAGAAAUUGCUAAGGCUUUAUCUACUAUGCAAAUUCGUAAUGAACAAUUUCGUCAAUUAUAUGAACAACUUAAAAAAGAAUACUCAACUUUAUCGGACGCAUAUGCUGACUGUCAACGAGCAUUAGAAAAAUCUAGUGAAGACAAUCGUCAAAUGCAAGAAAAAUUUAAAAAUUUACUUGAUAAAUUACAAAUGGAAAAUAGAAAGAAACAAACACAAAUUGAAGAAAUGAAAACACAGCUAAUUGACAAUAGUAAAAUCGAUCAAAUUCGUGAUCGCUUAUCGUCUGAAGUUGAAGGUCCUUACAAAUUAGCAUUGUCUCAAUUGGGUAAUCAAUUAGAGCAAACCAAAGCUGAAUUAACUAAAGUUCGAUUUGAAUUAAAUGCUCGAAUAAAAGAGCAUACUUCUGAAUUAUCUCAAAGAGAUCAAAUAGCAAGUGAAAUUCAAUUAAAAACUGAAAAAGAAUUAGCAGCAUUAAGAAAAGAGCGUGAUCUUCUUCAACAACAUAUUCGUCAAGAAUAUCAAAAAGAUUCACAUAUUGAACAAAGUCGUUCAAAAGAAGCAACACAAUUGAAAGCAAAAAUUGAACAAUUGAUUCAAGAAUUAAAUGAAUCAAGAGAAGUUAAACUUCAUGCUGAGCAAACAGCUGCAGCAACACAAAGAGAAUUGCUAAAGGAACGUUCGUUAUCUAAAACGAAUUCUUCUCUUAUUGAAAAUGAACGGGAUUCGUUGAAACAACAAUUAACAGUAACUCAUCAUGAAUUAACAUCAAUUAGUGAACAAUUGACUACCACCAAUAGACAAAUACAUGAAAAAGAUCUUCGAAUUGCACAAAUUAGUUCCGAUUAUGAAAAUAUUCAACAUCGAUUUAAAGUUGAAGUUGCCAAUCAUAAAAUUGAUUUAGCCAAAAUACAACGAGAACAAUUAGAACAACAGGAACAGUUGAAAAUACAUAUUCAAGAACUAGAAGAAAAAAUUGUUCUUCUCACUUCUGAUAAAGCAAAAUUACAAUUAAAUAUUCAAGAAAAAGAACAUAAUCUACUUACAAGUGUUCAAGCUACAAGAGAAGAUGAAUGGAAAAAGAUUAGUGAAAUCACGAACGAAAAAUUGAAUUUAGAAGCCGAUUUGAAUAUUUUAAAAAAAUCAAAUGAUGAAAAACAAAAACAAUUUGAAAUUGAACGUGAUCGUUUGUAUGAACAAACGAGGAGUUUAGAAAAAACUCGUGAUGAAUUAACAAAAGAAAAUGCACAUUUAAAUACAACUAUCCAACAAAUGAAUGAUUGUCAAAAUGAAUUUGAACGUGAACAAGAAAAAUCUCGAGAACUUUAUAGGAAAUGUGUUAAACUUGAAAGUCAACUUUCUUCAACUAAUGGAAUCGAACAAGAAUUAACAGAAAUUAAUUUGAAAUUAAAAAAUGAAUUAAAUCAAUUAAUGAAUGAAUGUCAUUCAAAUAAACAAGAGUUUCAACAGAUGAAUAAUCAAUGUACAACAACCAUUGAAAAUGCUCGUCGAGCUUUUUUUAAUGAAAGAAAAGAAAUGGAAAUAAAAAUUGAACAAUUAGUUGAACAAUUAAAAAAAUAUAAAACAAAAAUAAUUGAAAUGCAACGAGAAAAAAAAGAAUAUCGAUUAAGAUAUCAAAAUUUUUCACAAAAAUUAAUUGAAAAAAGUCAACUCAUUGAAACAAAACUUAAUGAAAUCAAACAAAAAGAAUUAAGUCUACAAAAUGUUGUUAGUCUUCAAACACAUAAUCGUGUGAAACGUCAAUUAUCUCAAUUAUUAAAAAAACAUUCCCAAUUUCAAAUAAUUCUCGAUGAAAAUAAUACAAAUCAAUCAUCAAUACAAUCAGAUGAUAAAUAUGAUCUUAAUUUAAUGUUAACUCGUCUUGAUCGUUUAUCACAUGAACAAAAUCAUCAGUUAAACGAUUUUAUUCCAACAAAAGAAAGUUCAUUAACUUUUUCAAAUAAUUUUGAAUCAAAUUUUAAUCAAAAUGGAAUAACAUCUUCUUCACCAGAUAAGCGAAAGACCAUUCGAUUCGAAGAAGAACAUAAUUAA